GGCAGGCGGUGCCGCGGCGCUGGCCUGUCAGGGGCACAAUGGGCGGCGGCGGCGGCGGCGGUGGGGUUUGAGGGGCUCGGCGAGGAGCUCGGGGCUGCUGCCGCAGACAUGGCCGCCACUGCCGAGCUCUUCGAGGAGCCUUUUGUGGCAGAUGAGUACAUUGAACGCCUGGCAUGGCGAAUUCCUGGAGGAGGUUCCAAAGGUGGAGCAGAAGCUUUUGAUCCCAAAAGAUUAUUAGAAGAAUUUGUAAAUCAUAUCCAAGAACUACAGGUAAUGGAUGAAAGGAUUCAAAGAAAGGUGGAGAAGCUAGAACAGCAUUGCCAGAAAGAAGCCAAGGAAUUUGCCAAGAAAGUACAAGAGCUGCAGAAAAGCAACCAGGUUGCCUUCCAACAUUUCCAAGAACUGGAUGAGCACAUCAGCUAUGUAGCAACUAAGGUCUGUCACCUUGGUGACCAACUGGAGGGGGUAAACACGCCACGGCAACGGGCUGUGGAGGCUCAGAAACUGAUGAAAUACUUUAAUGAGUUUCUGGAUGGAGAGCUGAAGUCUGAUGUUUUUACAAACUCUGAAAAGAUUAAAGAGGCAGCUGAUAUUAUUCAGAAGUUGCAUCUGAUUGCACAGGAAUUACCUUUUGACAGGUUUUCUGAAGUAAAAUCAAAAAUAGCAAGUAAGUACCAUGAUUUAGAGUUGCAACUGAUUCAGGAGUUUACCAAUGCACAGAGAAGGGGGGAAAUCUCCAGAAUGCGAGAAGUAGCAGCCGUUUUACUUCACUUCAAGGGCUAUUCCCACUGUGUUGAUGUAUACAUAAAGCAAUGUCAAGAGGGAGCUUACUUGAGGAAUGAUAUAUUUGAAGAUACAGCCAUCCUCUGUCAGCGAGUGAACAAACAAGUUGGAGAUAUCUUUAGUAGUCCAGAGACUGUAUUGGCCAAACUUAUUCAAAAUAUAUUUGAAGUCAAACUUCAGAGUAAUGUAAAGGAUCAGUUAGAAGAACACAGGAAGUCAGAUGCAGAACAGUAUCUUAAGAAUCUUUAUGAGCUGUAUACAAGAACUACUAAUCUUUCAAGCAAAUUGAUGGAGUUUAACUUGGGUACUGAUAAGCAGACUUUCUUGUCUAAGCUUAUCAAAUCCAUUUUCAUUUCCUACUUGGAGAAUUACAUUGAGGUGGAAAUUGGUUAUUUGAAAAGUAGGAGCGCUAUGAUUCUGCAACGCUAUUAUGAUUCCAAAAACCACCAGAAGAGGUCCAUUGGCACUGGAGGUAUUCAAGAUCUCAAAGAGAGAAUAAGACAACGUACAAACUUGCCAUUGGGCCCAAGUAUUGAUACCCAUGGAGAAACCUUCCUCUCUCAAGAAGUGGUGGUUAACCUUUUACAAGAAACCAAGCAAGCUUUUGAAAGAUGUCAUAGACUCUCUGAUCAUUCUGAUUUACCGAAGAAUGCAUUCAGAAUUUUUUCUAUGCUCGUGGAGUUUUUGUGUAUUGAGCAUAUUGAUUAUGCCUUGGAAACUGGACUUGCUGGCAUUCCUUCUCCUGACUCUAAAAGUGCAAACCUUUAUUUCCUGGAUGUUGUACACCAGGCCAAUACUAUAUUCCACUUGUUUGACAAGCAGUUUAAUGAUCAUCUGAUGCCAUUAAUCAGCUCUUCUCCUAAGUUAUCUGAAUGCCUUCAGAAGAAAAAGGAUAUAAUAGAACAAAUGGAGAUGAAACUGGACGUGGGCAUUGAUAGGACACUGAAUUGUAUGAUUGGUCAGAUGAAGCACAUCUUGGCUGCAGAACAAAAGAAGACCGAUUUUAAACCAGAAGAUGAAAACAGUGUUUUGAUUCAGUAUACUAAUGCCUGUGUCAAAGUAUGUGGCUAUGUCAGAAAGCAAGUGGAAAAAAUUAGAAAAUCUAUGGAUGGUAAGAAUGUAGACACAGUUCUGAUGGAGCUUGGAGUUCGUUUUCAUCGACUUAUUUAUGAACAUCUACAGCAAUAUUCCUACAGUUGCAUGGGAGGCAUGUUAGCAAUUUGUGAUGUGGCUGAAUACCGGAAGUGUGCCAAAGAGUUUAAGAUUCCAUUGGUGUUACAGCUUUUUGACACCCUGCAUGCACUCUGCAAUCUUUUGGUGGUAGCACCUGAUAACUUGAAGCAGGUCUGCUCAGGAGAACAACUUGCUAAUCUGGACAAGAACAUCCUUCACUCCUUUGUUCAGCUGCGAGCUGAUUAUAGAUCUGCUCGCCUGGCUCGCCACUUCAGCUGAGAAUGCAGACAAACAUGUUGUACUAUUGCUGGGCUGGAGGUGUUAGAAAGCACAGGGAAUAAUUUCUUAUUAAACAGCAGUUGUAAUUUUUGUGCGACAAUGACUGUUCAGAACAAAACAGCAGCCAUAUUUAAACCAGAAUUUAUUUGAAGAAUGUGAGCAGAUAUAAUCCUUAAUUCAUAUUCCUUAAACGACAUUUCCCCCAGAUAUAAAUUUCUGCAAAAUUACUUGCCACUAAUUUUCCAUUGGAAAAAUGUUGGUGAAGAAAGGCAAGCGAUGAAUUGAAAGUAUUUUAGUCCUCAAUCUUGAAUUAUCUAAUACCAUUUGUUAGACUUUAACUACAGAGCAUAGCGUAGGUAAUGGAUUACAUAGACUAAAAGUAUGUAAAAACAUUCAUCAUUUUUAAUAACUUAAACUUCAGCACAGCUAAUCAUAAUCAAAUUAUCUUUGCUGAUUGGUGUUUCUAAAUCAUUUCAUUCUUUCAAAAUGUUAUCCUACGCUAUACAAUUUCUUGCUUUAAUUAAUUAGCUUUGAAUUUCUCUGAGAUGUAGGAGUAACAGAAACACUAUCCCAAGAAAGAUGUAAUUUAUUCAUUGAAUAGAACUUUAAGCUAAGCUAAAUUGGAGAGGGGUUUUUGUUGUUGUUGUUGUUGUUGGAGCCCACUGCAAGGUAUCAACUUCGUAUGAACUCACAGCACUCUGUUUAUUAUCUGUCUGAUAAUGGCACUUUUAAUUUUAAAUAUGUUCCUAAAUGAAUGCAGCCACCUUGUUUUAGAUUUCAUUACUAUGAGGUGAAGAUACUUGUCGGUUUAACAUGAUAGAAGCUUGUUUGUUUUUUAUUCUUUAUAUAAACAAAUUGAGAUUGUAACAGAAAUGAAAGGAUGAGGUAUAACCCACACAUUCAUCUGUAGAUGGGAAGAAUAUGUGUAAAAUCUAGCCAAAAUCCAAAGCUGAAACUUAGUUUAACUUUAGGACACGAUCUUCAAUACCUGAGCAACAUAAAAUAGUUGCAGGUGCAGAAACUUUUCUUCCCCCUGAUAUAUCUAAUGCUGUGGAUAACUAUUACUGUAUGUGUGUUUAAACAAUAGGAACUUAAGGUGCGUCUGAGAUGGAUCCAUGUUGAGUACAGUAACUGAAGUGAAGUAAUGGGGAUGAUGAAAUAUUUGGGGUAAUAUUUCCCAACAGUUGAAAAUUCUGUAGUAAGUGGUGACAUUUUCGAGCCAGAGAGCUCCUGUAGAACUCGGGUAUGAACUGUGUUGUUUCAGCGUUCUAAGUUCCACUCAUUAUCGCUGUGCGGAUCAUUUGUAGUGCUCUGUCUUAAUUCUACUCUGCAGACUUGGCAUAUUUUCCACAGAACUUUCUCUCUCUUCUUCAGAGUAGGUUUUCCUAAAAUCUACUUUGUCUCUCCAUUACAGCUAUCCUCUGCCAAAUUUUUUAAAACUUCCCAGGCUCAGUCAAAAUUGUUUUUUUCCCUUUAUUUUAUAUUGAGCAGAGAAUUAUAUUGGUAAACAAGAGAAAUCAAGUAUGCCAGGUUUUCCUUCAAAGCGUUCUGGGAAACUGUGGCAGUUUUGUCCAGAUGUAUAGCUCUAUUCCUUGGCCAUGGCAGAAUCACAAAGAGUUCUGGAUACUGGAGGAGGCACAUGCUUGUAGUGUUGCCAUUUUUAGAAAGCUCUGAUGUGAAUUCAAAUUAUACCUCUCUCUGUUACCUCUAUAACUUAAAGCCAACAAUUUUAAGAUAGUGGCUUUACUAACCAAUAUAAAAUCUUUGUACAAAAAAUGUCAAUUUGUAAACACUUCAGAACAGUAAACAAAACCACUAGGCAUCAUUUUAAGACUGCAAAUUACAGAAAUGCUUCAAAAUGUCUCAUGUUGUAAAUUUCUUGUUUUGAAUUAUAUUUUAAAAUUAUAUAAAAUGUACUCACCAUAUUAUUUACUUAAAUUGUGGUGUUUUCCAUGCAUAAAUUCAGUGCAAUAUUCUCUAUUAUGUUUAUUAAAAUAAUGAUGAUGAGAUAACAAUAGGUGAACACUUAGACAUGUAAACACUCAAUAAAAAAAAUUCCCUCCACAUGCCUUUUUCAUUCCAUUCCAUUUCCAUAUUCUUAUCUUAUAUACAUUUGUAUAAAUCCCUUUUAUUAAAAAAAAUCAAUAAAAGUAAUUUUACUGAUCAAAUUUAUUGAUUAGUGUGGGCCUUCCCUUCCCACUUUUAAACAAAAUAAAAAACAUAACACAAACCUUUCAUAUAAUAGACUAUUAUUACCAUGAAGUUUACUGUAAAAAUAAAUUUUGGGUUGGGAUGGGGCAGCUAUAACUUUUAUACAUUUCAAAGUUUAUAGCUUUUAUAGCAUGUAAAUUUAGGAAAAUAUUUUCAGGAGUUUCUAAAUAUAAUAGCAGUACUAUCAAAAAUACAAAUAUGCUUUUUUAUGUGUAUGUAAUGAGCCAAAAGUACUACUUUUCUAAUGUUCACUCUUGGAACAUUGGUUUUUAACAGGCUGGCAGCUGAGUGAAUGUUAAAGAGGAGGUAUGUGUAUUUGCAUGUAAUUAUGCUGUCUCCAAUUGUUAAAAUGGUUUUGCAGUAAAUUAUUGUAGGUUGGAAAAUAAGCUAUGUUUUUACAAGUCCUAUAAUUUAUUAACAUGACUUGGUAUUGUGUUGUAUUUGCGUAAGUGCAGAGGGCAGAAGAAAGCAGGCUCUUCAUAACAAUAUAACUCAACAAAUAGAAAAAACAAAAAUCAGGAAAUGGAGGAUGUGGUGGACGAGGACGGAAAAAGGGAAGUUCUAGGUGGUUAGAAAGAGAGGAUAGUAGAAAGACCAUGAAGAUGGCAUAAGCUAAAAGGAUCUGGAGAAUAAGCAAUUUGUAAGUAAAAAGGCCAGUGCCUGAAAAGGGAAGGCUAGAGUUCUAAAAUAUGAUUUAACCGGGCCCAUAUAUCAACAAUAUGGGAGAACAGACAGGAUUGUGAUCAGAAUUCUUUAUACAAGAUCCCAUCCUUAUAUUAAAUGAGAUACUGCUUUCUGUGAGAAGUGGGAAAUAUACCAGCAAUCUGCAGUUUAAUUGGAAUGCAAGAAAUUUUCCUGGAGCCAAGUUUGUUUUCUUUUUCAAGGCUCUCAGUGGUCUGUAGAAUGGUACAUGGCUGUUUGAAUUGCAAGAUACUGACAUGCAGAAUGUCAGUUUGCUGUGGGUCUCAAGCAAUUAGUAAAAUAACUUGGUUUUUCUGCCUGUCUCUAAGUGCAUAUAAAGCACCUACCAUGGUUUUAUUUAAGUGCUGCACGUAACUUACAAAUACAGUGAGAGGUGCCUCAAAGGGAGUCCAACGUCGUCUGAAUCUAACUGGUGCCCCUGUGGAUGGAUGUUCAGUUUCUCUCCUGCGCUAGGUUGUAUUAUGUUUCUGUGGGGAAUGCAACGGCAAGGAGGUGCAUCUUAUUAAUGACUGAGAGGCUAGGACUCUUCCUGCUCUUUGGAAGUGUGCCCUGUUUGGCCUGCUAGCGCUAUCCCCAGCUUCCUCAAGUCUGUGUAUGGGUGCCAGUAAACCUAGCGUGCAGGAUGAUCUUAUCUGCCAUGGAGGAUUCCUGGAGGAAAGGUGACCUUUGAGAUAACGUUGGACUAUUGUGGCAAGGGCUUUGUCAAUCUGUAUCAGACUCCUGAAUUGACACGGUAGUGCAGGAGGAACCGGCGAAGGCUGUUGGGAGACAGGCACCAGCUUCAUUGCCAUCACCUCCUCAAAUAUCAGGAGAAAGAGCAGGCAACUAUCCUCCUCCCCCCUUCCUCUUUCACCCUCAAGAAAACCCUCCCCCCCAAAGUACCUCAUCUGAGGGAGUGGAAGUUUGAGAGUUCAGUUACUACUGACAACUCAACACUUGGCUAUGAUCUUCCCUGAUCUGCCUGUGGGUAAGGCUGCACCUCGCAGGGAUAAUUCCCUUCUGAGCACUGCAGGUGGGAAGUUAUAGACUGAUUCGUCCAGCACACAUCCUCCUUGCUGGAAAGGUUUGUCUUCAUGUAUAGUGCUACACUGGUGCAGCUGUGCUGCUGAAGUGAAGACACUGCUCUGCUGACGGGAGAGCUUCGCCAUCAGCAUAGUUAAUCCACCUCUCUGAGGUGAAUUUAAUAAUAAAUUUAAAAAAUCUUGGGACUAACUUUGCAGACCAUCACCGGUCAAUCUGCUUAUCCCUUUCCCCAACUACCAUCUCUGUCUUGCCCAUUUAGAUUUUAUGCUCUUCGUGGCAGUAGCUAUUGUCUCUUACUCCGUAAAUGGUGCCUCGCUCUUGGUUGGCAUUAUCCUAAUACUAAUAAAUAAUAGUAAACUUGCAAGAGUUGGCAAUGCUGCUAUUGAGUGGAUUUCACUUCCCAAUCCCUCUUUACUUCUCUUGCAUUAGAGCCAAGUUUCUUGUGCUUUAAAUCACUGGAGUAGAUGUCACCUUUUGAUUAACUCCCAGGCCUGCUUCUGUAGCUUGUAAGAAAACUUGUUUCCAAAUGCCUUUGUAUUUUAGUGGUCUCCAUAAGAAGGUGGCAACAUCUAAAAGUGGGUAGUCCAACCUGUUGAGUGAAGGUGUAGUCAGUCAAUACAUAAUGUGGCAAGGUCGUACUGUUUCUAAAUCAAAAUGAGUUGGGCGUUGUCUACUGAGGAGAAUGUGUUACUGGUCUCCAUUGAGCUGAGGUUAGACUAAUCUUGCCAGUUUAAGUGCAGUAAUUUUGAAUUUAGCAAAAUACUGACUAUUACAGUGCAGCCAUAGAACAGCCAGUUAACGUGAGCUUUAAUCUGAAACCUUUUUAUAACAUUCAUUUUAUUGUAAACAAUUCAUUAAAAAUAACUUGUUAAGGCUUAGACAAGUGGAUUUUUGAAGGUUGCUCAUUGUGCUUACCUAUCCAUCCAAAGUCAAUUUGAGUCUGAAUAUAUAACAUUUUACUCAUAAUAGCAAACAGCUUCACAGAAGAGACAUUUAUUCUGGAGGCAUAGAUUCAAACUAGACAGCAAUGAUGCAUUACAAAUAUAUAAUUAUUUGCACUAAUAUUUGAGCAGGUGGAAUGGAUUAGUACAUGGUCAACAUUACAUUGCUGAUAACAUGUAUUUUUCUGUAUUAAUAUGUACUGUGCAACAUGUAUUAAAAUUGUCAAUAAUUCAUUUUAAAAGUGAUACCAAUAUUUAUAUUGCUGUGUUCUGCAGUCAGCAAAAUGAAUUGGUAAAAUUUGCAAAGCUGGGCUAGAUUUAACUUUAAAAAUAUUUAAAGACUAGAAUUAAUUCUCUCCUUUAAAAAACAAAAGACCUUGCUAUUUCUUUUUAAAUGUCAGUAAAGUUGGGAAUUAGCAAAGUAUGUAUAAUAUCCACUGUCUGAAUGAGGGGAUAUUUAAAAGAGGGUGACAGGGUGGGUAUGAAGAGACAGAGAGAAGUGACUUACAUAAGCUAUUAUCUCUGGGACAGGUAAAUAAAGUAUAGAAUUAAGAGUAAGCAGGAAUAUUAUUACAGAUAUAAAGGCUUGUCUAAAUGGGGACACUCAGGGAAAUUAAUCCAAAUUAACUAAAAUUGGAAAUUUAAAGUGAAUUGGUAAAACCGCAUAAAACCCUUGUGUGGACACACUUAUUUAGAAUUAAAGUGCCCUUAAUUCGAUUUAGUUUGUCUUCACUUCCAAAGUGACUUAAUGUGAGACACCUUAAAAGGGCCUGAGGUUUAGAAAGUGCUGAGCACCCACCCUCUGAAAAUCAGGCCCCUUUAACAUGUCUCAGGUUGGGCACCCAGUGUUAAAACUGGUCGGGAGUUUUAUCCGAUUUCUUUUCCAUCAGAAAAUACUGACUCAUUGAAACUAAAGCUUUGCACAGACACUUACUGGUUUUGAUGGAACUUUAGUCAGGAAGAUUUCUCGGGGCUUGGUGGGAAUUUCUGGUCAAGACCACACAGAUAGUUUAGAGCAGGCUAGAGAGACUGUUCAAAGACUACCAAACCUGCCUUUCCCUCUUAUCUCUCCAGUCAUGCACUGGCCACAGCUCACCUGGACUAGCAGAUCUCUCCCAUGUGCAUAUAUGCAGGUAUUGGUGUAUACAGUCAUCUCUUGCAGACAGCUUUGAACAUGGCUGAUUUCUUUUUCUGUUCUAUGUAACUUGUUUAUCUUAAAGUAACAUCAUGUAUCCAAAAAGCUUCUUUAAAAUGUAAUGGCAGCCUGAUACGGUAUCUAACACUGCCUGCUAUUAGCAUCCGUGUGAAUGAGCACCCUACUGAGAUGGACAAAUAAAGACUUGCUUAGCUAUUGUGAA